AUGGCAGACCUUGAAACUGAACCAAAGUCUGCUGCUGUCGGCAUGGAUCAAGCUAUCACUUACUCCACUUCUGAUGAGGAGGUCCCUCGACCUGCAGGAUGGAUGUACAAGACCCUGAGGAUUGGCAAGCUUACCAGCUGGUAUGCAUCGCCUAGCUUCCAGUUGGGUAUGGUCGCCUUCGUUUGCUUCAUGUGUCCCGGUAUGUUCAAUGCGCUUGGUGGACUCGGAGGAGGUGGUAAGACCACCAACACACUCGCCGAUAACAUGAACACUGCUCUCUACAGUACCUUCGCUGUCGUGGGUUUCUUUGCCGGAACUAUCGUCAACCGUAUUGGUAUUCGUUUCGCGCUUUCCUUCGGUGGUAUUGGUUACUGUAUCUACGCUAUCAGUCUGCUGGUCUCCGAGCAUGCCAGUGUUGGUGGCUUCAACAUUUUCGCCGGUGCCCUGCUGGGUGUCUGCGCCGGUCUGUUGUGGUCGGCUCAAGGUGCCAUCAUGAUGUCUUACCCUCCGGAGGGCCGUAAGGGUCGCUAUUUUGCUUGGUUCUGGAGUAUCUUCAACGUUGGUGCUUGUAUUGGUGCUUUGAUCCCUCUCGGUCAAAACAUUCAUGUCACCGAGAAGAAGAACGUUACUGACGGAACCUACAUCGGCUUUAUCGUGCUCAUGGCUUUCGGCGCCGUCCUGGCCUUGUUCAUUUGUGACGCUGACAAGAUCGUGCGCCCUGAUGGUUCUCGCGUCAUUCUCAUGAAGAGUCCUACCUGGAAGACCGAGUUCAUUGGUCUGUGGGAGACUAUCUACAACCAGCCCUACAUCAUUCUUCUUUUCCCCAUGUUCUGGUCCUCCAACUGGUUCUACACCUACCAGCAGAACAGCAUCAACAGCGCCUACUUUGAUACCCGUACUAAGUCCCUGAACAACUUCCUUUACUGGUUUGCGCAGAUCGUCGCCGCCUCCAUCAUCGGCCCCCUCCUCGAUAUCGAUUCCGUCCGCCGCAGUAUUCGUGCCCGUAUCGCCCUCGGCGUUCUCUUCGUUCUGACCAUGGCCAUCUGGGGUGGUGGUUACGCUUGGCAGAAGGGAUACACCCGUGCUACUAUCAAUGAUUCUAACUUCGUAGCCUGGGACUGGAAUACCUCUGGAUUCGUCGGCCCGAUGUUCCUGUACUUCUUCUACGGAUUCUACGAUGCCGUCUGGCAAGGAACCGUGUACUGGCUCAUGGGCGCCCUGGGCAACUCCGGCCGCAAGCUCGCUAACCUGGCUGGUUUCUACAAGGGUCUUCAGUCUGCCGGUGCCGCUGUUAUGUGGUCCCUGGAUGGAGAGCACAACCUUGCCUACAUGUCCGAGUUUGCCUCCAACUGGGGUCUCCUCUGUGGCUCUCUUCUCUGUGCCGCACCUGUCAUCUUCUUCAAGAUUAAGGAUUCCAUUCCUAUCGAGGAGGACCUGAGGGGUACUGAUGAGACCAUUGAGGAUGUUCUCCCGCCCGGUGCGGCUGAUAAGGCCAUUCACGGUUAA